AUGGCGGACAGGACGAAGCCCUGGGUGGUCAUGCCACUAUACUACUACCCACUGGACGAGGCCACAUGGAAGCCGCUGUACGACGCCGCCGCGUCCUACCCCGACGUCAACUUCCUCGUCGUGGUCAACCCCAACAGCGGCCCUGGCACGGAGCCGCUCCCCGGCAAAGACUACGCCCGCGAGGUGCCGCGGCUCAACGCCUUCCCCAACGUCCACGCCGUCGGCUACGUGCGCGUCGACUACUGCAGGAAGCCUCUGGCCGACGCCUGCGCCGAGAUUGAGCGCUACGCCCGCUGGCGCCGGCACCCCGACGCGCCGCCGGGCCUCCACGUCGAGGGCAUCUACGUCGACGAGACGCCCAACCACCACUCGCCCUCGGCGGCGCGGUACCUCGACCACCUCCGCCGCCUCGUCAAGGCCAGCGACGGCCUGGCCGGCGCGCGCUCCACGGUCGUGCACAACCCCGGGACGCCCCCGGAGGGCGAGCUCGCGUCAUUUGGGGACCCUGACCUGGUGUGCGUCUGCGAGGAGCCCUACCACCUCUUCCAGGGGGACGGCCUGCAGAGGCGCCUGGUCGACUGGGCGCCCGAACACGAGCGCUGCGUGUACCAGAUCUCGGGCGUGCCCCAGGGCGAGCUGGCCGCCGCGGUGCAGGACCUGUGCCGCCGCGGCCGGUAUGUCUUCGCCACGGACCUGGUGGACGACUUUUACGAGAGUUUUGGGCCCAGCUGGCCCGGUUUUGUGGCCGCCGUGAGCGAGGCGGCGCCGCGGGGAUGA